UAACUACCUUAUGGACUAAGCCAUAUCCUACUUAUCAAUCCUUCCCACGAUUUGUAAUCUAUUCUCUUUCAAAGCAAUCAUUCACUAUAAGUCAAUCUAACACGUUUGGCAGAGGACGACAUUAAUGGCCUAUUCCGGGAUGACUCUUAACUAUGCAAUUCCCAUACAAAAGUCAAAACUGUUUUUUCAUCCGCCGGACCGCCCAACGAGACAUGUGUUUUUAUAGUGGGAAAAAUGUCGUUUAUUGAAAAAUGGUGAGAAUGAUUCAUCCAAAAUUUUUUUUUUCCAACCCUGGUUAGAAAAAAACCAGGUUACUCCAGUUUUAAUAUAAAUAGAUUUAUUGUUCGUUGUUCAAGACUGUUUCUUAAUUGUAUAUACCAGAACCAAAGAGGGAAGAAACAGUUAUAGAAGACAUUUAUAAUGUUGAAACAAGUGUCAUUAUCAAGCAAUAUGCUUGUGAAACAAAUGGUUAGAAACAAAUCCACAUCAAGUUCAACAUCAGCUUUAGCAUAUAAGACAUUACAUCGUAAUCAAAAAAGACCACCAUUACCGACUUUAGAAACUCCUAAUUGGUCUGCCGAUGCUGCUGUUAGUUCGAUUCUUUAUGAAACCCCAGUUCCAUCCCGUGCUCCAAGAAAACAACAUGUAUUAAAUUGUUUAGUUCAAAAUGAACCGGGUGUUUUAAGUAGUGUAUCUGGUACUUUAGCAGCUCGUGGUUUCAAUAUUGAUUCAUUAGUGGUAUGUAAUACUGAAGUGAAGGAUUUAUCCCGUAUGACUAUUGUUUUAGCUGGUCAGGAUGCUGUUAUUGAACAAGCUAGAAGACAAAUUGAAGAUUUAGUUCCAGUUUAUGCUGUAUUAGAUUAUACAAAUGCUGAAAUUAUUAAACGUGAAUUAUUAUUAGCUAGAGUUUCAUUAUUAGGACCAGAAUAUUUCCAAGAAUUAAUUGCUACUCAUAAAUUACACAUUAAUGAUGGAGCAUCAAUUCCUGAUUUAACUGCUACAGAAUCAGCUUUUCAUCCAAAUAAUUUAGCUCCAUCUGAAGCAUUAAGACAAAAACAUAAACAUUUAGAUCAUAUUAAUACUAUAACUGAGAAAUUUGGGGGUAGAAUUGUUGAUAUCAGUGAUAGAAAUGUCAUUGUUGAAUUAAGUGCUAAACCUUCCAGAGUAUCAGCUUUUAUAACUUUAUUACAUCCAUUUGGUGUUUUAGAACUUGCAAGAUCUGGUAUGAUGGCAUUACCUAGAACUCCAUUAGAUCAUGCUGGUGAAGAUGAAGAUGCUAUUGAUGCUGCUGACAUUGUUGAUGCUUCUCAAUUACCACCUGGUUAAGUCAAUAAUUGUAUUUAUAAAUAUAUAUAUGUAUAAUUGUAUUUUCAGUAUGGUUGUUAGUUUAGUUAGUUGUAAAUAUAUCGUUUAGGGGGGAGGGGCAUAUCGGUUGUGGUCCCCCACUAAAUAUAAUAUAAAUAAAAAGAACAGAGUAAGAUAUACAACGUAACGUACAUGCAAACGCAUACAUACACUAGAUUCUCCUAAUUGGAAUACAUACGAAUAG